AUGAAAACAUGUUAUUAUGACCUACUUGAGGUACGAUCUGAUGCAAGUGAUCUUGAUCUAAAAAAAGCUUAUAGACGGAAGGCAUUACAGUAUCAUCCUGACAAAAAUCCAGAUAAUGUGGAAGAGGCCACCACAAUAUUUGCUGAGAUAAGAGCUGCCUAUGAAGUCCUUUCUGAUCCCCAAGAGAGGGCUUGGUAUGACAGUCACAAAGAGCAGAUCUUAUCAGAUACCCCGCUCAAUCCAAACGAUGAAGAUGAUGACUACGUUGUUGACAGCACUGUUACUGGUGUCACAACAGAGGAAUUGAUGAUGUUUUUCAAUUCCUCUCUGUACACUAGUAUAGAUAACUCUCCGGCCGGCUUUUACCAAAUUGCAGGAAAAGUGUUUGCUAAAAUCGCAAAAGAUGAAGUGAGUUGGGGUCUCCGAUUAGGUUUAGAUGGCUACAAAAAUUAUAAGGAUAUGGAAUUUGAAGAGCACAUAAAUAGCAGAGGUUAUAUUUUAGCUUGUGAUAGUAGUAAAGCAAACCUAAGCAACCUUUUGUUCCCAAUAUUUGGAUAUUCAAGUACCAGCUAUGAAGAACUAAAACUAUUUUACACAAAAUGGUCAUCUUUCAACACACUAAAGUCAUUUACAUGGAAGGAUGAAUAUAUGUACUCCCGGAAUUACGAUAGAAGGACUAAGAGAGAGAUCAAUAAGCGGAACGAAAAAGCGAGGGCUAAAGCUAAGGAGGAAUAUAUAAAAACAGUAAAGAGAUACGUCAAUUUCAUAAAGAAACUCGAUCAACGGAUGAAAGAGGGUGCUAAAAAGGCUGCCGAAAAGCGACUAGCCGAUGAAAGACUAAGAAAGGAAAAUGAAAUGAAACUUAGAAAAGAGCGUCUAAAUAAUGAACAAGGUGCGCAGUUUCACUUACAAAGCUGGCAAACAAUUGAUCAAGAGAAUUGGAAAGAAUUGGAAAAGCAAUAUGAAAAAGAAUUUGAAAAGAGAAAUGUUGACAAGGACGAUGAACUAAUAGGACAUGAAUUUACUAAAAAUCAAUUUCAAACUAAUAAUAAUUCUCAGCAUGAAGAUGUUGACGAAAUUAUUAUCUAUGAUUGCUUCAUUUGUAAGAAGUCUUUUAAGUCAGAGAAGCAGCUUGAAAAUCAUAUUAAGACCAAAUUGCACAAGAGAAAUCUUGAUCGAGUACAAAAAGAGAUGAAGAAAGAUAGUAUGGCAUUGGGUUUAGAUGAACUUUCCGAUUAUAAUGAUUUUGACUCUGCAGAAUCUGAAACAGAGAAAUUGUACUCUGGAAUGGACCUUAAUGACAUCGAUGCUGAACUAAAAAAAAUCGAGGAACAACUAGCACAAUCAUCUGUAACAGAUAGCGAAGAUUUUACUGACGACAACAAUGAUACUGAGGACCAGAAUAGCCUGGUUGACAAAUUAUCAAACACCAAUUAUGAUAUCGAGAUUGAUGAUGAGAUUAAUGAUGAUACCAAUGAAGAAGUACAGAUCUCAGGAGCUGAUAACUCAGAAACACAGAACGCUGAACAAGACCAUGAUAGCAAUGGCGACUCAGAAGAGGAGAAAGAAGAUGAACUGACUCGUAUACUGCGUGAACUUGAGGAAAGUAAGACCUCAAGAUCAAAUUUUAGUGAUAGUGAUGAAGAAUGGUCAAAUAAAAAGAAGACAAAGGCUAAAAAGAAAAAAAAUAAGGCAAAUACACCAGACAAGCAACCAGUCACUGCCAACAAAAAUGAUGCUAAAGAGGUUUGUGGAGAAUGUAGAGCUGAGUUUGAAAGUAGGAAUCAGCUCUUUAGUCAUAUACAGACAGAGGGUCAUGUAUCGCCCCUUUCCAAAGUCAAAAAGGGAAAAAGAUCCAAAAAAAAUAAAUAG